CCUAUCUUCGUUGGUAUGACCACGUAUGACUCAUAAAGUGACACCUUGAUUAUUAUCUUGUCAAAUUAGAAUGAAAUUUUGAGAUUAGUAUUGUUUACCUUAUAAAAUACAAUAAAUUAGCAAAAUGGCCAUUGAAUGUUUCGAAAAUAUUAGUAUGCCUCCGUGUAUAUGGUUCGAGGGAGGAGAUAAACGAAAUGCUCUAGCUUCGAUGUUAGCAGGCUUAUUGUUUUUUACUGGAUGGUGGAUAGUCAUAGAUGCAGCUAGCGUUUACGGCAAUAUCCUAGCUGGUUACCAUAUGUGCGGAGUUGUAGGAACAGUCUCUUUGCUUAUGGUAAAUUCUGUAUCCAAUGCACAGAUGAGAGGUGAUGCCUAUGAAGGAGGCUGCAUGGGAUCACGUGGAACUAGGAUUUGGCUGUUUUUAGGUUUCGUUAUGGGUUUUGCUGCAGUGAUAGCCUCGUGUUGGAUAUUAUUUGCUGAUUUUAUGGUAGAGGGAAAACGAUGGUCUGGAGUGUCACUUUUCCUCCAGAAUGCACUGAUUUUUAUCUCCUCGAUUAUAUACAAGUUUGGAAGAUCUGAAGAUCUGUGGGGUUGAACAGUAUUGAAGAUCUACAAAGUCCAUAUACACAUUAGGAUUAUUUUCUGUUAAGGGUUGUUUGAACGGUAGUGUAUAACUUUUUGUCACAAGAAAAGGUAUGUGAAUAUGUUGUGAUUCAUGCAAGUUUGAGGUUAUAAUUUGUCCAGUUAAAAAAUGUAAAAUUAAUUGGCUUCUAUCCUGUAUUAAUAGUUCAUCAGAAAUAUGUGUUCACUUGAAUCUCUUACUUAUGCAAUGCCAAUUUAUCAGGGAUGUCUCUUUAGGUUUACAUACAGUCGGAAAAAUGAAAGAUUACCCAUGAACGAUCACAUCAAUCACUUAUUUUGUAUUUGCUGUCUUUUUCUAUAAAUAACAAACGUUUGUUAUAGAAAAAGACAGCAAAUACAAAAUAAGUGAUUGAUGUGAUCGUUCAUGGGUAAUCUUUCAUUUUUCCGACUGUACAAGGGAUAAACCAUGGCCGUCAUAUUAGAUGUGGCAACAUUGUCGAGCUGUCAAAUAGAGGGCCUAUUUAUAAAAUUUAAUAGUGGUUAAUAGCUGGAAGAAUACAAUUUGAGAGUUUUAUUUGAUUAAAUUAACACAAAAUAUUUAUUUUACUUAGAUUAUUAUAGACAAAAGUAUACAAAAUACACUUAUAAUAAAUGUGAUAUGAGAAAAAUAUUUUAAAAGAAAUGGUAGAUGAUCGAAAUUAAACUCAUAUUAAAGAACUGUCUUGGAAACUUUUAAAAAAUUGUUUUUCAAAGUAUGUAAUUAUAAAUUAGAGUUUGCAAUGUAUUAUGAACUAUGGUUGUAAUUUGUACAGUAAAUAUUGAUGGAAUGGUUAAGCAACUCCUAUUUAAAAUGUCAACACUAAAGACAGUUUUACAUUAUGCUAUUUUCAUGCUAGGCAAGAGCCAUGCAAGGCAGAUCAUGCAACUGCUCAUGCCCACGCGCUAUUUCCAUACAAUUCCUGUGCUAGACGAAAAAUUAAAACAUUUUCUAUUUUUCAUGCUAUUUUGAUGCAAGUUGUCAAAUUUCAUGUUGCCAAUAUAACAAAAUUUACAGUUUAGAAUAAAACUUAACAUUAUUGUGUAAAUUUAAAUGUUAUUUAUUGGAAGUAAUAAUAAUUUGUGAUUUAUACUUGAAUAUAUUUAAUGUUGGACCGAAAUUUCCAACUGACAUAUCUAAAGGUAAUGUUUUGGUAUAUUUCUCUUGUUGGCAACAAUGAACGUGAUAUCAAAAAUUGCACAGAAAUAGCUCUGAUGUAAAAAGAUCAGGCUAGGGAAGAGAUAUGCCAUGCAAGACGGACUUACAUAGCAUGAGACUUGCAUAGCCUUGAUGUAAAGCUGCUUUAAGAGAUAUUUUUAUAUCUCAAUUCACUGUUGUCAAAUCUCAAUGUUUUCAAUGUUCUGGGCUUGUGCUGUCACGGGAGCCAUGUCCCUACCAAUGUUAAUUUUGGCAAAUACAUUUUAUUUAUGAAGUUUGACAAUACCACUCUAUCUAAAAUUUAAAAAGACAACCCUGGCACUAAAAGAAAUCAUGUACUUAUGCAAUUAUCAAUAAGUAACUUCAUACUUAGGUGUAUAUACAGGGCGUUUCAUUAACAAUUGUCCAUAUUGUAACUGGAGAAACCUUAGCACAAAAUACGAAGAUUUAACCUAAAACACUUAAAUAAAAAUAUUCCUCCUUACCGAGAUAUAGAGUGUUUUAUUACAAAUAUUCUGAAAUUAUUUUAGACCAUUGUUCAAGCACCUUUUAAUAUUUUUUGUUCAAGCUUUACACACAGUUUACACAUGCUAAGGUACUUUAACUAGUCUUAAAAGAUAGUUUUCCGCUGUUACCAGAGGCGUGCUGUAGGGAUAUAUACUUCAUUUUCGCCCCUUUUUCCCCCUCACAAUCUACGCCACUGUCGUAAUAAUCAUUUCAGCAUGCUUUUUUGAUUCCUUGUUACUUUUUACAUAAAUAUCAUCCUUUUAUCUCAUUGCGAUAAAGUAAGUAGUUUUCAAGUUAUUUGCGUUUAAAUAUAAUGGAUUCCAUAAUACUAUGUACUUUAAACUACAUUCAAUAAUAUUUUAAAAUACAUAAUAUUAUUGAAUCCAUUACAUUAAAACGCAAAUAACUUGAAAACUACUUACUCUAUCGCAUUGAGACAAAGGAUGAUAUUUACGUAAAAAGUAAUGAAGAAUCAAAAAAACAUGCUGAAAUGAUUAUUACGACAGUGGCGUAGAUUGUAAGGAAGGAAAAGGGGCGAAAAGGAAGUAUAUAUCCCUACAGCACGCCUCUGGUAACAGCGGAAAACCAUCUUUUAAGACUAGUUAAAGUACCCUAGCAUGUGUAAACUGUGUGUCAAGUUUGAACAAAAAAUAUUAAAAGAUGCUUUAACCAUGGACUAAAAUCAUUUUAGAACAUUUGUAAUAAAACACUCUGUAUCUCUCUAAAACACAUUAAAAUUGAAAUGGGAAUACGCUGGACAUGUAGCUAGGAGCGAUCUAAACAAAUGGCACAGAACAAUUCUAACCUGGAGACCAUACCAACCAUAGAUAUAUAAUACUCUAGAUUGCGCCUUACGAUCUUAAAAUGGGUGACGCUUGCGACAGAGAUAAAUGAGCCUAUUUGGUCGGUAGUCUCUUUCUAAUUCAAGGGGAGUAUCGACGACGUCACUAUCCUACUCUGUCGUCGAGUAUUUUAGAUGGUUUGACAGUUCGAGCGGAUGGCGACGAGAACUGGUCGUUUGUCUUCGGACGUGGAUAAUCCUGGUUCGAAUCCCAUACCAAUCUUUACUUUUUUUAUUUUUUAUAAACAAUAUUGCGUUUAUUAGACAUUAUUACAUCUCUAAAGUAAAUCUAUGCAAAUAAAUAUAUAACAAAUAAGAAAAACUCUGUAGGUACCUAUAUAUUUUUAAAAAUAUAAAAGCCAAUGUUAUUUUUUUAAUAAGUUAAUUGUAGAAUAGUAUAAAGUAAUUGUUAAAAAUAUUCGUAAAAAAUUACCAAUAAUUAAUAUCAACAUAAUGUACCAUCGAUUUAUUAAUUGAAUCGGUCAUUUCAAAAACAACAUGAGUCACAUAUUCCUAAUUUUACAGAAGAGCAAAGAAAACUAACUAUAUAGUCGAAAGAUGGAUGAAAUGGAUGACAUCAAAAUUCAGAGUUAUAUUGUAGUUUUGUUCCUAAUGUUUUUACUGGACUGGUGUCGUUUUUGCACACAACGUUUAUCUUAAAGGAGUCUAUUCCUCUCAAAAAGUUAGUUUCUGAAAAUUGUGGACUUUGCUGUUUUUUAAAUGACCGAUUCAAUUAUAAGUAAUUAGACAUUAUUUUUAUUUAUGAAACUAUUGUUACAAUUUUUUAAAAAAGUAGAAGCAAAACAAACAUUCACAUCAUUCGAAUAAGGACGAAUUUAUAUUAAUAACGAAUGACUUUUAUUUUACUAUCAUCAUCAUCAUCGGUGACCGCUGACAGCCCAUGGAGGGCCAUGGUCGCCCGUUGGGGUUUCUAGGCUCUAAAGUUUUACAUGGUGUGGAGGCCAGCCACACGCAUAACUCCUCAAAAGUUCUAAACGAUAUUUAUCUAAAAUAUUACUUUCUUGUUUCUUUUUUUGAGGAGGUCUUUUCGGCGUUAUGUGUGCUUUGCUUGUUUGACUAUAGCUGCCCAUGUUUUUCUUUCCUUUGCUUGUUUUUCCCAUUCUCGUAUUCCUAGGUCUUUCAAAUCCUGGUUAAUACCAUCAAUCCAUCUCUUUCUAGGCCUACCUCUCGGUCUUUUCCCAUUUAAUUAUUUUCUAAGUAAUUUUUUUGUAUUUCUCUUAUCAUCCAUCCUUUCUACGUGUCCUAACCAACUCAGUCGUUUACUUCGUAUUUCUUUUGUGAUAGUAGGUCUGUUAAACACUCUGUUUAUUUCGUGGUUCAUUCUUAUACGCCAUUCUCCAUUCUCCUGUAUAGGUCCAUAUAUUUUCCUUAAGAUUUUUCUUUCCCAUCUAAGAAGUUGUUCCUCUUGUUCACUAGUCAAGGCCCAUGUUUCUGAUGCAUACAUUACUACAGGUCUCAUUAUUGUUGUGUAUAUUUUUACUUUUGAAUUAAUCGAUACUGAUUUUGACUUUAUGAUAUUUUGUAGGCUGUAGAAGCAUUUAUUUCCAAGCGAAAUUCUUGCUGUUACCUCAUCACUGUUUUUAUUUCCUUCUGUUAUUGUUGAUCCUAAAUAUUUGAAACGGUCCACUCUUUCAAAUAUUUGCCCGCUCACUAUACAGUUUUUUAUACAGUCACUAUACUUUAUUUUACUAUACAGUUCACAAAUUAUGUAUUCCAAUAUUAACUUACUAUACAUACAUUUAUUAUCUGCUAGAUUUACUUAGGUCCAUUUUUCAGAUGUAAAAAUAUCUAAUAAACGCAAUAUUGAUUAAAUAAAAAUAAAAAAAGUAAAGUUGGUAUGGGAUUCGAACCACGAUUAUCCACGUCCGAAGACCAAAGACCAUUUCCCGUCACUACCCGCUCCCGAACACAUAUUACUCGAUAAAGUGGGAUAUUCACGUCGUCGAUAUUCCCCUUAAAUUAAAAAGAGACUACCGACCAAAUAGGCUCAUUUAUCUCUGUCGCAACCGUCACCCAUUUUAAGAUCGCAGGGCGCAAUCUAGAGUAUUAUAUAUCUAUGAUACCAACAAAAAAGACCCAGAGGCAGACCUCCUAUGAGAUGGACAGAUUGAUCUGAAACGAACUGCCGGGAAAAAUUGGCUACAAGUAGCGUACAACAAAAAACAAUGGAAAGGAAGACUUGGAAGAGACUUAUGUUCAGAUGUGGACGUGAAUGGCUAGACGAAGAAGAAGAAAGAAUAAAACACUCUGUAUCUCGGUAAGGUAGAAUAUUUUAUUUAAGUGUUUUGGGUUAAAUCUUCGUAUUUUGUGAUAAGGUUUCUCCAGUUACUAUAUGGACAAUUAUUGUUAAUGAAACACCCUGUAUAUAGAAACAUAAAAAAUUUAACAAAUUUUAAAUAUUUUGAUCGCUUUUGUUCAAAUUUUAUCUUGUAAGGUUAUUAAUCAUCAUCAGUGCUAUAACAAAUAUAUUUGAGCAUGAAUCGCUUUUUGUACACUUUAGGUUGUAAAUGUAUUACUAUAAAUACUUUUCAGUAACUUUUGUAUGUAUCCACUUUUAAUGUACAUGUUAUACUAAAUAAAUGUGAUUCCUUUUUA